UAAAUUUCAGGUGAAUUGAUCCAUUUUAAGAUUGCCCCUUUUCUCACUCAUCAUUCUUUUUCUCUCUCCUAGAUUUCUCUUUUCUCGCUACGAUUUUAUUUUAUUUUUUUAAUUUCUUUUUAGGGCUCAAUUUUCAAAAUGGGUUUUUCUUACGGGGAGAAGUGGCAGUUAAUUCAUGGGCCUAUCAUCGUAGGCGCAGGGCCGUCGGGGCUGGCGGCCGCCGCCUGCCUGAAAAACAAAAACGGCGUCGUUUCGCUAAUCCUCGAACGCUCCGACUGCAUCGCCGCCCUGUGGCAGCGGCGGACCUACGAUCGCCUCCGCCUCCACCUCCCCAAACAGUUCUGCGAAUUACCUUUCCUUAAAUUCCCCAAAGACUUCCCCAAAUACCCGACCCGGAACCAGUUCGUCUCCUACAUGGAGUCCUACGCCGCCGCCUUCUCGAUCCGGCCCAAGUUCAAUCAGACCGUUUCCCGGGCCGAGUUUAACCCGGCCGCCGGAAUGUGGACCGUACGGACGCAGGAUUCGGUCUACUUGUCGAGGUGGCUGAUUGUGGCCACCGGCGAGAAUGCUGAACCGGUCGGCGGGGAGGAGAUCGUCGGAAUUGAGAGAUUCCGGGGACCGGUUCUGCACACCAGUGGGUAUAAAUCGGGCUCGGAGUUUAAGAACCGGCGGGUUUUGGUCGUCGGAUGUGGGAAUUCCGGCAUGGAAGUUAGCCUGGAUCUUUGCCGGCAUAAUGCGAUUCCGUACAUGGUUGUUAGGAACUCCGUUCAUGUUCUUCCUCGGGAGAUGUUUGGGGUUGCGACAUUCUCGUUGGCGAUGGCGCUGCUGAAAUGGCUGCCGUUGCGAUUGGUGGAUAAGCUUUUGCUAAUGGCGGCCAAUUUGACCAUCGGCGACACCGGCCGGUUGGGUCUCCGGCGGCCGAAGACCGGUCCGAUCGAGCUGAAGAAUGUCACCGGAAAAAGCCCGGUUCUUGACAUCGGCGCGUUGGCUCAAAUCAAAGCAGGAAAAAUUAAGGUGAUGGAAGCAGUGAAAGAAAUUACAAAAACUGGGGCCAAAUUCGUCAACGGACAAGAAAAGGAAUUCGAUUCUAUAAUUCUUGCAACUGGUUACAAGAGCAAUGUCCCUUCUUGGCUCAAGGGAAAUGAUUUAUUUACAGAAGAUGGAAUGCCAAAAAAGCCAUUUCCAAAUGGGUGGAAAGGUGGGAAUGGUUUGUAUGCUGUAGGGUUUACAAGAAGAGGGCUUCUUGGGACAUCAUCAGAUGCUGCUAAUAUUGCAAUAGAUAUUUGUAGUCAAAUAAAUAAAUAAAUUUGUGGGCUAGACAUGGUUUUAUUUAAUUUAAUUUGCUUAAAUUAAGAAAAGAAAAAAUGUAUUGAUUUUUAUUUUCUUUUUUUUGGU